UUUAUUGUUGGCACUUUGGCAAUAUGUUUACUGUGCCGUUAGUUGCCUCUUUUUUGUUGUGCCAAGCCAAACACGACAUUAAGCAGUGGGCUGCAGGAAAAGAGACAGCAGAGUAUUCAAAAUCAUUGCCUUCUCACUACAUGAUGUAGAAAAUCCGUCUAAUUCUUUCACCUAAUUACCUAGAACCCACAAAACCCCUUUCACCAAUUUUUCAAACUCUUAUUUGCGAACAGUCUUCAACAUGUCGCAGGCACAAUUCCGCAUAGAGACCUCCAGUGAUUUCCACCAAAAACGGAGACCAUUUGGAAGCCACACCACUUUUGUUUCUCAGACUGAUAAUUCAGAACAUGGAAGGUUAACUUACAAUCAAACUCCGUUCAGAAUCAACAAGUCAUGAGCCACUCUUCUCUGAGUCAAUGCAUCAUAGAGCUCAUUUCAGAGUAAAAAAACCAAACUUUCACUUAUUUCAUCGGCAACCCAAUUUCUCAACUGUUACACAAGAAACAAGGCAACAAAAUCAAUAUUCUGAAUCCAUUUCAAAUCCAGAGCAUCAUCCCAUAUAUACCCAUCUUCUAAAAACAUGUUUGAAACAAUGCGGACGAAUCCGGUCCCGCCGAUUGUUCGACGAAAUGCCCCAAAGAAUCGCUUCUGCUUCAAGAGUUUGUAGAAGUGUCCAUGCACAGAGCUUGAUAUUUGGUAUUGGAUCAAGAGGGAAGCUAGGAAAUGCCAUUGUUGAUUUGUAUGCCAAGUGUGGCGAUAUGGACUUCGCAGAGAAGGCGUUCUGCCGCCUUGAGGAAAGAGAUAUUAUGGCUUGGAAUUCUGUUUUGUCAAUGUACUCGAGGCGGGGUUUGUUGGAACAGGUCAUUGGGUCAUUCAGGUCAAUGCAUAACUGUGCGGUCUCACUAAAUCAGUUCACUUACGCAAUUGUAUUAUCAGUUUGUGCUAGAUUGAUGGAAGUUGAGUAUGGGAAACAAAUUCAUUGUAAUGUUAUUAAGGUCGGUUUAGAGUUCAAUUCCUUUUGUGAAGGUUCUCUUGUUGACAUGUAUGCUAAAUGUAAUUGUGUGAUUGAUGCUCGUCGGAUAUUUGAUGGGGCUGCGAACCCCGAUACAGUUUCUUGGACAGGAAUGAUUGCAGGGUAUGGUCGGAUUGGUUUACCUGAAGAGGCACUGAAAAUGUUUGAGGAUAUGCAGGAACUAGGUCGCAUUCCUGACGAGGUGACUUUUGUGACUGUCAUAAGCGCGUGUGUGGAACUAGGAAGGCUUGAAGAUGCAUGCCAUUUGUUUGCCCAGAUGCCUCAUCAUAGUGCUGUUGCAUGGAAUGUGAUGAUUUCAGGUCAUGCCCAGAAAGGUUACAAGAGGGACGCUGUCAGCUUUUUCCAGAAUAUGAGGAAAGCUGGUGUUAAAUCCACGCGAUCCACAUUAGGAAGUGUUUUGAGUGCCAUUGCAAGUUUGGCUAAUCUUGACUAUGGCUUGCAGCUUCAUGCUCUGGCAACCAAACAAGGGUUAGAUUCUAAUGUUUAUGUGGGAAGUUCUUUAAUCAAUAUGUAUGCCAAGUGUCAAGAAGUUGAAGCUUCAAAGAAAGUGUUUGAUCUUCUGGAUGGAAAAAAUAGUGUGCUGUGGAAUGCAAUGCUUGGAGGUUAUGCACAGAAUGGGCAUGCUAGUGAAGUGAUGAAAUUAUUCUCCAAGAUGAGGGAUUCUGGCUUGAAACCUGAUGGAUUUACCUACACUAGCAUUCUCAGUGCAUGUUCUUGCUUGGAGAAUUUAGAAAUGGGGCGCCAGUUGCAUUCCUUUAUUAUUAAGAACAAGCUUGAAACAAAUUUAUUUGUUGGAAAUGCAUUGGUCGAUAUGUAUGCUAAAUCUGGUGCUCUAAAUGAAUCAAGAAAACAAUUUGAGCUCCUGAGCAAUCGAGAUAAUGUUUCUUGGAAUGCAAUUAUUGUUGGGUAUGUUCAAGAAGAAGAAGAGGGUGAGGCUUUCAAACUGUUUCAGAGAAUGUAUUCAGAUGGGAUCUCGCCUGAUGAAGUGUCCUUGGCAAGUAUACUCAGUGCUUGUGCAAAUCUGCGAACUCUUGAACAAGGAAAGAAAAUACAUUGCAUAUCAGUUAAAAAUGGUAUAGAAAACAGCCUUUAUUGUGGAAGCUCUCUUAUUGACAUGUAUGUCAAGGGUAGGGACAUUGGAGCUGCUCAUGAAGUUUUCACUUGCAUGCCUGAGCAGAGUGUGGUUUCCACAAAUGCUCUUAUUGCCGGAUAUGCGCAAAACAAUUUAGAGAAAGCAGUAAAUCUGUUUCAUUUUAUGCUGGCUGAGGGAUUGAAGCCAUCUGAAAUCACUUUUGCAAGUCUUCUGGAUGCGUGUAGUGGACCUUCUAUGUUAAAACUUGGAAAGCAAAUCCAUUGCUUUAUACUUAAGGCAGGCCUUCGAUAUGAUGAUGACUUCUUGGGCAUCUCUCUGUUAGGAAUGUAUUUAAACUCUCAAGAAAUCAAAGAUGCAAGUAUUCUAUUCUCAGAGUUUCCAACUCCAAAGAGUGCAGUAUUAUGGACUGCUAUAAUUUCUGGACAUGCUCAAAAUGAUUUCAGUGAGAUGGCUUUGCAAAUGUAUCGAGAAAUGCGUAGCUAUAAUUCCAUGCCGGACCAAGCAACAUUUGCUAGUGUCCUUAGAGCAUGCUCCAUCUCAGCUUCUCUGGAAGAUGGUAGAGAAAUCCAUUCUCUCAUUUUCCAUACUGGUUUUGACUCAGAUGAGUUAACAGGUAGUGCGCUGGUAGACAUGUAUGCUAAGUGUGGGGAUGUGAAAAGUUCUGCCCAAGUUUUUGCUGAGAUGGAUACUAAAAACGAUGUUAUUUCUUGGAAUUCAAUGAUAGUGGGAUUUGCAAAAAAUGGGUAUGCAGAAGAUGCGCUGAGGGUCUUUGAUGAGAUGAAACAAGCAUUUGUAAGGCCCGAUGUUGUCACAUUCCUUGGUGUUCUUACUGCUUGUAGUCAUGGAGGGAGGGUAUCUCAAGGCCGUCAAAUAUUUGAUAAUAUGGUAAAUCAGUACGGGAUCCAGCCUAGAGUAGAUCACUGUGCCUGCAUGAUUGAUCUUCUUGGCAGAUGGGGCUUUCUCAAUGAAGCAGCAGAUUUCAUUGAGAAACUAAAUUUUGAACCUAAUGAUAUGAUUUGGGCCACAUUUCUUGGUGCUUGCAGAAUUCAUGGGGAUGACACAAGAGGGCAGCAUGCAGCUGAGAAACUCAUUGAAUUGGAACCCCAAAAUUCUUCUCCUUAUGUGCUGCUUUCUAAUAUAUAUGCUGCAUCAGGGAAUUGGGACGGAGUUAAUUCUGUGAGAAAGACAAUGAAAGAAAAAGGUGUGAAAAAGUUCCCUGGAUGUAGCUGGAUUGUAGUGGGACAGAAAACAAAUUUAUUUGUUGCAGGGGAUAAAUUUCAUCCCAGUGCUGGUGAAAUCCAUGCAGUUUUGAAGGAUAUGACAGCAUUGAUGAAAGAUGAAGGGUAUAUUGCUGAAACUGAAUCUUUUAUGCACGACGAAGACUAGGAGGAUGGCUUUUCUCUAGUCAUCAAAGUUAAUGCUUAAGCAGAAAUCAAGCCAUCUACAUAAGAUAAAUUCAUGAAUAGAUGCCAUUUAUACAGACUGGAGGACCCUUUGGCCAAAAGCAAGGGUAUUAAGAACGCCAUACCCAUUUUUUCUAGAUCUAGCUGCGAAGGCCCUCAAAUUUAUUUUUCCUUUUUUCUUCUCUGGGUGCCAUCUUGAGUUUGGAUGGUUUCACAAAACUCAAGUUUUGUCAUUCAAAGUACUGGAGAUUCUAAAACUUUUCCAAAUAUCAUUUUGUUCCAAAGAGUAAAUGUAGUUUUUCCUUAAAUCAUUGGAGAAGAAUCCCAAAGGGAAAUUGUAUUUAUUUCCAUCAUUGAAAUGUUGCAGUUAUUUCUGAAGAAUUCAGUUUUAGACGAAGAAGAAAGAUAGUAAGUUUGCUAUGUGCGGGCACAAAAGCGUUCUUCAGUAAUUCGAGGAUCCUCUUUACCUGAAGUUCAAGAUGGAAACAUAACAUGUAGCUAACAAUUUAUUGAUGUAGAAGAAGUUAUCAGAUUAUACAAUCAAUACCCUCUCAAAGUCACGUAUAUGGCAUGGCAAUUGGGCUUCAAAGGGCAAGCAGUGUGUAUGGGACUUUCUUCGUAAGCUGCUCUAUCAUAUGCUGAUUCUACUGUAUUCAGUUGCUUUUUUUUUUUUUUUAGAUAUUUGAAUUCAUGAUUACUAGUGAACUUCAAUUUCAACAUCAAA